UAUUUAUCGAAAACGCACCAGCCAGUUCCGUGAACUUGUUUUGUAGGAUGCGUGGGUAUCGUGGCUGUAUGGUGGUGUGAGUUAAGCAAUGACUCAGGGCAUUCAAAGUUCGCACAUAAUACUCGACUCAGAAGAAAAGACGGAAUUGAAGAACACAGAGACAUCACCAUGAAUGCUCGAACACAAGUCUUUGAAUUUUCGUGCGAGGCCUGUAUGGUGAACGACAUCGUGAGCAGCGUGUUCAGCACGGUGCUCUUCCACCGCACGCUCGGCAAGUUCAGCUGCCACAGGCACAACUUGUACUCGCUCGGCUCGGUCGGCUUCCUGGACGUGGACCUGCCGGUGCUGGAGAUCACACAUGUGCGCUGCUCGUCGCCCAGCAUGCAGCGCGUGCUGGAGCGCGAGGUGUCCCAGUUCAGCGCCAUGAUGGCGGCGGCCGAGCGGCCGCACCAGGGCCAGAUCUCGCUCGAGUUCUUCCAGAAGAAGCGCGGCAAGUGGCCGUUCGCGACCGAGCGCAUGCCCUGGGAAGUGUGGACGCUCCGACUGGAGACGGUCGACCUGGAGAACGAGCGAGAGCGGAAGGUGUUCCGGGAGAAGGUGGUGGACGUGCUGGCGGAGAAGCUGCGUCACGUGGUGCAGGCCAUGAACCGGCAGCAGUACCUGCCGCACACGCCGCAGCAGGCCGACCUGGACCUCGUGUUCGACACCUCCUUCCCAGACGUGCAGCCUUACCUGUUUAAGGUGGACUACCAAACGAGCGGCGUCACCAACCCGUCCGUCGGCACGGCCGUCAAGAAGCUGCUCAAGGACACGCUGGCCAUGUGACGCCGGCCCGGCUAGGCGACCAAUGGCGACGCGCCCGGCCGGCCAGGCGACCAAUGGGACGCGCUCGGCCCAACCAAGCGACCAAUGACGACGCGCUAGGCCUUGCAGCUUUACUGGCGGGCUGGUCGGAGCCGCGCCGCGCAGAUCGCUUAUUUAUUCGGUGACGCAGACGGGUGCUUCUUUCAACACACUUGUCCGCCACACGUUGUCCGUAUGUGUACGCUUUGCAAUACAUUUUUAUUUAUAUUGACCCGA